GAUGGAGGGGAGGCAAGCGGCUAGACAAACGAGCUGCCCGCACUUCCGGCAAAGGCUCGCUUACGAAAGGUAACCAAAUGGUGCCGCUUUGCUCUUCGGCACCUCUAUGGUGCCAUCCGCGGAACGCGAGAAAAGCGGGUUAAUGUCGACCCGCGAGCGUGAAAAAGGGCUUGUGUGUCUAGCGACGUUUUCCUUUUCUCUAUAUCUGGGGGGGGGCCCCGAAGCGUAUUAUAAACACGCACGCACACGUAUGCAAAGCAAAUUAUUUUUACUAUUGGAGAAUCGUUUUCUCUCCUAAAGGGCGAGAUGACCAUGGGUUGCCAUGGUUUUCAUUCUUGGUGACGUCACCGGAAACAGGAACAGGAAGCGGCCGGGGCCAUAGAGGCUGCGGGGCGAGAGCGUUUCCGAAGAGGCAGCGAGGACGUCAAAGGUAGGCGAUCCUAUUCAGGGUCUGUUCCGAGGGCCCAGCAGGUUUUGUUGCAGGGAAGGAUGAUUCUGAUUUGGAGGGGGUGGUAUUUUUGCCCCUCCCCACUGGCUCCUUCGCCUGAAGCUGCAGUUCCCCUCUUAGUGGCAAAAGCAACGAGUCCAGAUAUUAUAUCGUUCCUUUAUCUUUUUCUCCCCCUCAAAAUAAUGAUGAUGAUAAUAAUAAUAAUAAUAAUAAUAAUAAUAGUUAUUAAUUAGAUGGGACAAUGCGCAUUAUUACUUUGAUUCUCCCUCGCCUCAGUCCAAACCUCAAAGUGCUGCAUGUAAUGCCGAUUAUAUGCUAAAAAUGAGCUCUUCUUCGUGCUUGGAGCACCCUGCCUUUAGCCCUGACACCAGGCCUCCAAGCAGGCUUGACAGUGAGCAAAAGCUGAUACGUGAUCAACCCAGCAAGAAUGUUAUUUGGAAUACGUAGCAGCGGUGGCUUAGGAAAGCUUGAUGGCGGAAAGUAUCCUCUCCCCAAGCCUUCGAUGGGGUCUGUGGGUCAAGGGAAGAGAAGGAGAAAAGAAUGCAGUCAUGGGAUGCAUGAGUUGGAUUGAAAGGAGGGCCAGGCUGGCCUAAGAUGUUUUGCUGCAAUCAGUAAAAUAAUAAUAAUUCAUAAUAAUAAAUCUGUAAGCAGACCCUGCGUGUUGCGUCCCCAAUAAUCAUGGCAUAUAAUAGUACAGCAGAUAUCAACAACAAGGGGCUGUCACGACACUCACAAUAAGCUACUUCUGCCUAAUGGUACUGACAAUCCUGAGAAAGGAAUAGGAUCAGACUUUCAUAACUGUUAGGGAAGCUGAGAAUGGGGGUGCUUCGAAGGUGUCAGGGGAGGCCCCAUGACAGCUCAGAGACUGUAGUUUGGGAGAGCAGACUGAAUGUUUUAUCAGGUCUGUAGGUGGGAGACAGGCCAUUUAUCGGUUUAAAGGGCUAUUUGGUAAGAUUCCUAUGUGGAUUGUGAGGGGCAAGUUGAUUUGAGGAUACAGAGAAAUAGGUAAACGAGAAGCAGGGAAGUGUGAAGGUGGAUUUGUUAGAUGAUCAGAAAUACUAUUACACAAGUGAAAUGGAUAGUUUUAUCAGGGUGUGCAAGCUGUGUGGGAUUGGGACAGAGAAGAGUGUCUUAGGCUGCUGUUGACAUUUCAUCCUGCAUUCUAUAUGAUGCACUUCACGUUGUUUUGGAGAUAAGGAAUUGAGGCUGAGACCUUGCAAUUCAUCCUAAACCACUCCGGGAAUCUUUAGCUGACAUGAUCUACAAACCCAGGGUCCUCUUGGGUUCAUUUCAGUGUUAGCCCCUAACUUGAGAAAUGAUUGUUUUAUCAGAGCUGGAGAUGGGAAGGAGGCAGGGUGCAUUGGAGAAGCUUGUGAUUUCCUGGGAGUCACUGGAAAUAUGUGGAAGGGUCAAGCUGCUUAGGUCUUCAACCUCUGGUUGAGGUUCUCUUUUAAUGCCUGUCUACGCCUUCUGUUAUCCCUUAGGCAGCGAUGAGCACUCCUGGGGGGCUAGUUACCAACCGCGGACGGCGUUUCAAAUGGGCCAUUGAGUUGAGUGGUCCAGGCAGUGGGAGCAGGUAUGUACUGAACUGGAGGUCUCUACAUCGUCUCCCGGUGCAAGCAGUUAGCUUGAUUCCAGGGGUAGCUCUGUCUCUGGCAGGUAUCUGAAUUUAGCUCAGAUGUGACCCAUCCCUUUCUCUUGCCAGAGGCCGGAGUGACCGGAGCGGUGGCCAGGGAGAUACCCUCUAUCCCAUCGGCUACUCAGACAAGCAGGUGCCAGACACAAGCGUCCAGGAAACGGAUCGCAUCCUAGUAGAAAAGGUAGUGCAGUACAAGAAAUGGGGGGGGAGGCCACUGGAUCUCUUGGUUUUCUGUGCUGAGCAGAACACUAGAACCAGAUACCCUCUUCAUGUGAGUUUUGAAGAAGACAAGGUGAAUAUGAAUAAAGUUUGCUCUUUGAUUCUACUUCCUUUUCUCUUCCACCUUUUCAGCGCUGUUGGGAUAUCGCUCUGGGCCCCCUGAAGCAAAUCCCUAUGAACUUAUUUAUCAUGUACAUGGCAGGCAACACAAUCUCCAUCUUCCCCACUAUGAUGGUCUGUAUGAUGGCCUGGAGGCCCAUCCAAGCACUCAUGUCCAUCUCUGCCAGUAAGUGUGUUUUUAUCCCAAGCUCUCUUCAUUUCUUGCCUCAUGGGAUUUGUCGGUGAUCCCAGUUGAAAAGACUAUGCAUUCUGGGAAUUUGAGGGAAAUGCAGAAUAGUCCUGUACACAGCAACAGAAGGGAUGGUAAAACUGCUCCUGGUUUGGAUUGCAUCAGUGUACAUGAGGAAUUGAAGGAUUCCUCUGGUGAGGGAGGGUUCUUGCACGUGCAUAGCUAGACAUAAGGGGCAAGGUAUGGUGGUUUGGUGCAGGCAAUGGUUAUUCCUGUUUUUUCAUACAAUCCCCAAAUGGUCCAGGAACAGUUGUGUGAAUGAGGUAUGUGUGCGUGAAUUUAUCCGCUAGAGAUGCACAGGGUUGCUGCAAGAAUAAAUGUGGUAGGAAUUUAUGUACAGUAUAUGGCCCUGCAAACCUCUAGAGGAUAACAAGUAAUUAGGAGAAAGCAAUACAAAAAUGUACAAAUGUACAUUUGUAGUGGUUUGGACAUAAAAGGUGCAGAUCUCAGGGGUUCUUGCAAAUCUAUUAUUGAAGUUAAGCAAUCAUCUAGUGCCAAUAGAAGUGGAGAAUGCUAUGCACUGUGUAGUCUGUUUUAAAAUGCUAUACAUAGGCCUGGAGAAUUCAUACGCAGCCAGUUUCAUCUGAAGUGUGGGUGUUCAGAAGUAGAUUCUUCAGUAUAAAUACCUAAUGCUUGACGAACCUUCUGCUCACUAACUUUCCUCAAGGAAAUGCUCACUAACUUUCCUCAAGGAAAUGCUUAACUGGGUUCAUCCAUCUUCGUGCGACUGAAGGGUUAAUCUCUCUACGGCAGAAAUUCAUGUCUAGGUGAUAUUUUCUGUCUCUGUGGAUAGUUUUUCUAACAUGCUAACGGAUGUUAGUUAGUACCUUGUUUGACUAAAUAUUCAGAAGUGAAAACAGGCCAGCAAGCUGGGCCUGUGCUGCAUGUUUGUGGUCUGCCUCUGACUUAUUUUCUGCCGUCCCCACAGCCUUCAAAUUACUUGAGAGUUCAAGCCAGAAGUUCCUGCAGGGCCUGGUGUACCUAAUUGGCAACCUUUUAGGGUUGGCCUUGGCGGUUUACAAAUGCCAAUCAAUGGGGCUGCUGCCAACUCACGCCUCUGAUUGGCUAGCUUUUAUUGAGCCACCCGAGGUGAGUAUAAAGGGUCUGACAUUUUGAAGAAUACGUGUUUAUGAAUGGAGGUGAUCUUCUCCCUCCCCAAUCAGAUGACACUUUUUAAUUGUCCAUGGUGUACUCUAAAAGGCUGGGGGGUGGGGAUGUUUUGUACCAAUUUCCAUGGAACAAGACUUCAGUCCCUUCUGGAUUCUUAUUGCUACAAAAUCUCAGUGCUUAAAACUAAAGCAGUGAUGGUAGGAUGUUUAACAUUGUCUUACUUUGUCCCAGUGCUUGGGGGCCUUAUUUUAAGGACAGCGAAGCUAUGAUGCUGCUUGCUCAGGUUUAUUGACAACACUUCCUUCUUUUUAUGGCCAGCGCAUGGAAUUCACGGGUGGGGGUCUAGUGUUAUGACCCAACCCAGUUCCAGAAACCAACUGCUGCUUUAGAUGUCUGGAUUGCUACUGUAGAAUACUCAUCUGCCAUCGCUCCUAAUAAGACUACUGGGUCCUAAUUACGUGGUGGUGCUAUGUGGAAUAGCAGAUGAAGAUGCAGACAGAAUGUGAAAGACUGAUGUUCUCUGCCAAGGGAGGAGCAGAAGGCUUAUCCUGACAUGCUCUUUUCACCUUCCCCAUUGUGGUGAAAGCAGAAUAAAAGUGUUAUGCACAUGUGUUUUAAUGUUUACACAGCUUUCUUGAAAAUGGGUACAGGACGCUCUACAUGCUGAUAAAUCCAGCAUUCAUUUUCAUGUUACAUAAUGUGUACAUGUAUUGAUCAUACUUUGUGAUGGCAUACAUUCAGGUCCUUACACGCUCCAUUUAGAAAAAGAGCAGGUGCCAGGUGAACUCUAGUGCUGGAGAGCCAAGGACAGUAGCUAGUACAGAGCUAGAUGAGCUGGUAUAAGGAAGGCUGCUUCCUCUGUUCCACAUACCGUAUUUACAUGAAUGUAAUGCGCACCUGCGUGCUCUGGUCCAUGGGUUCACGAAGAGUUGGACACGACUAAACAACAAUGCACACCUUUUUGCCAAAUUAUGUCAUGAAAAUGAGGAUGCGCAUUAGAUUCGAUGGCAUAUUACAUUCAAGUAAAUACGGUACCUGACUCUUUAAGAUUCCAAUAAUAAUCUGGAAAAGGGCAUGAGGCACUUGGGGUAAGUGCCUUGAAAAUAUUCACAAUAAGGCACUAUUGUUUCAUACACAGCACAUAGGGGGCCCCUUCAAAUAUUCAUCAGAUGAAAAGGUAAAGUAUGUAGAAAAACCAUGCCUUUGAGUACCCCACCUCUGCCUGCCAAUUGUGCAUAGUUCCAGCAUCUGGAGAAAGCUAUGCAUGUAGAGGCCUGUGCAGAAAGGGUCCCUAACCUGACAGCAAUAUUGGGAGGGUCUCUGUGUUGCCAGAGGCAUGGCCCUGCAUCUCUUGUCUAGAACAGGCAGUCUCCCCACCUCCUAUGACAUGAGAACUCUGGACACAACACCUGUCUUCAGGAUUAAGCUUCGACUUAUUGCUCAACAUCCAAUCUGUUACCCGCUCCAAGCACUAGUCUAAUACCUCAGCUGCCGCCUCAUCCUGAUGGGAGAGAGAGCUGUAUGCUACAUUGAGUCCCGUCAGAGAAAAAGAUGGAGUAUAAAUAAAUAUAAAACUGUAUUUGUAGUAAAAGAGAGCUAGGUUCAUCUGCAUGUUGAUGAUACUUCAUUCCAGCUCUCCCAAUAAUGACCAACAUCGUAUAGAUGUUAAACAGCAUGCAGGUGAAGAUGGAACCCUGUGAGACACCACAUGACACCUCCCAUGGUGCUAAACAGUACCCUCCCAUAACUAUCGUAUUUUUCCGUGUAUAAGACAACCCCUAUUUCUUGGGACCCCAAAUUAAGGAAAUGGGAGAUUGCCCAGAGUUGCUGAGCUAUUUGGGGGGGGGGGAUGCCGACAGCUGCUCUGACCGCCGCUGCCAUUCACAUGCAUCACCUUUAUUCUGGCAAAUGUCAUCAACCAGGUCAGCCAAGGAAGUUUCAGUGUCAUAGCCAGACUAGAAUGGACCCAAGAAUAGGUAUAUAUGCCAGAAGCUAAUCAGUUAACAGAUUAACGAAAAUAGCGGGUAUAGACUGAAUGAAUGCGACAUAAUGAAUCAUCACAACUUCAAAAAAAGAAUUAUAUAUAAAAAGUUUAUUCUUUACAUAAUUCAGGAAGCAAAAAAUCACACCCCAAAACUUGAUGCUGUAUGUAAACAAGGUCAUCCCCCCCCCAAUAAAUUAAAAGACCUCCCCCAAAAUAAGAGGUGAGGAACUUAACAUGAACUUCCCUUUUAAAAUAAAAGUGGAGGAGAGGCUGGAGCUGAAUCUGCUUUAAGGCUACCCCCAAGAGGAGUGGUCCCUGCAUACUAUACUUGAGCAAAGUGGUGGGAGGAGGAGGAGAAUUAGACAUCCGUCAUUGAAAUUGGGUUGGACAAAACAGCACAGCACCUUUUCCAGUGUUUGCUUCUGUAGGGGUAGGAAGGACUUAUUUCCCAACACUCACAAAAAACAGCAAGUUGUGGGUCCUCAGUAUAGACACAGAUAGGGUCACAAUAGCCUUCUCUGGCCCAAGCUUGAAGGAAGAGAAGGUCAGCCACUUGGGAGCAGGGAGGGCAUGUUACAAAGGUCAGGAGAUAUUGCUGCUCUGCUUCUCUUUCUAUGGUUUAGAAAGGAGAGGCUGCUGUCUCCUUUUCCUCUCAACCUAUAACAGCAACCAGACGCUACAGAGAAGGACCUGGCAAAUUGGUUUAGCUUCCUUGCCCAGAUAGGAGUGUGAGGACCAUAGGGAAAAGAAAGUAGAACAGUUAUGUAUGUCCCUCCAUCAAUAUGCCACCUGCAGCCUGGCUUAAGAGUCAGCUCUUCCCCCCACACCCAGCCAACAAUUAAUUUGAGUUUUGGAAUCCCUCAAGGGAUUAGGGUAUGAGAUAAGUACUGUAAGAGUCAGUUCCAUCUUCCUAAAUGCUGUCCCUCCCCUUGAUUUCAAGGGAAAUAAAGCAGAAAGACUUUGGCACUGACCAGAAGAAAGUGGCACAAUGGAGGCUGCAUCUCCCUCCCUCUAGGUCCUCCAAGCAGCAAUCAUUUCUCCUCUUCUUGAUUCAACAAUGAAAUGUAACAGUCUCUGCAGUAGGAGGACCCUGUUGCUCCAUUUUUGUCAUGCCCACCAGAGGGCAGAAGCAGUAGUUAACUCUUAAGGUGGAAGCAACCUACGUUUUUGCUCUGUUUAAUCCCUCCAAAGUAAUACUUGCCUCACUAGUCCUACACUUUUUAAAGGGAAGAUCCAGCCAUCUCCCAGCCCAAUCCAGUCUAAUCUCCUUUCGUGACAAGCUUAUGCAGUUUCCGGCAUGUGCCUUUACGGAAGGCAUGGGGAAAUGUCAACUCUAGUCUCCAAAUAGGGGAAAUCGCCCCAUUUGAAGAACCCCAAACUGCCACAGGGAAAAAUAAGCAUAGGAGGUGUGACACUGAUAGCUGCUCUCCUUGGGAGAUCAAGUUGCAGGUGGUGACAGGCAGGAAGCAGAUGUCAAUUUGACAGAACAGAGUCUAUCAGGAGGAAGCCCUCCUCGCUCCCCUAGGAGUAGAUAGUGAUGACCUCGCUGCCACCACCCCGCACAAGCAGCACACGUUCCAGCCCCUCUGUUAGGACCUCCAGGAAUUCCAUAUCUGCAGUUAGAAGGCAGUCAAGGAAAUAGCGCUCUCUCUCUCUCAUAUACACACAUACCCCAGUCCUGUUGCCACUGCCAAUCCCUCUUGCAUCCCCGCAAAAGACAGGACCCUGAAGAAAAGGAUACAGUUCUCGUCACCAUCAGGAUUACGUGGUGGGCCUGGCAUGUUGAGCAGUACCAGCUUGGCAUCGUGGGACUUGUUGACUAUGACCUCAUUGAGCUUCACAGCUGUGUGCAUACGUCUCACGUUGGACUGGUCCCUGGGUCGUAGGAAGGAAGAGACAAAUUGUCACCAAGACCAGGCAUGCCUAUGGAUGUACACUUGCAGGAAGCUUUGGCUCAGAGAUCUGGCUUCUGGAAAACUGGAGAAAGCACUAAGACACAUAUGGAUUGGAGGAGGGAAUGGAUACAAUAUGGCAGCUGCAGCAAUCUAAGAGGCCAACAGGGUCUGGACCACACUGGAGAUGGGAAACAAACAGAAUGGCCUUAUGCUGCCAAAAUAGAAGCAGUGGAAAUAAUGUAACAUUUGAUGGUAUGGUUAUUGAAGCAGCUGGGAAUGUGAAGAAGUAUCAAGGACAUUUUUCUCUUUUGACUCCUAACCCUAAAGAAAAGUGUCAAAGGUGGUCUUGCCACAGAGAAGCAGAAGUGUGGAUGCUAGGAUUG